GAUUCUGAUGCCGAGAAUGUAUUUCUAUUUACAAAACAAACUUUAAGAAAGAGAAAGAGAGAGAAAAAGCUUGACCGGUCGUUUUCGUUGGAGACGUUUCAGUAAAUAAAUAUCAUAAAUAUCAUUUAAAUUGAACGAAGUUGAGAAGUGACAAGCUGAAUAGAUCUCGAAAUUUGUUUCGCAUUUUGUCAUACAUAAUGGGUAAAAGAAAAGCCACGAGUAAUGCGAACAAUCCAAAUCAGGACUUGUGCGAUUUUUUGAUGGAACUAGCGGAUUAUGAACGUAAUGUCAGUAAGAAUGUCUACAAGUACAAUGCGUAUCGCAAAGCAGCUGGAACAUUAGGCGCCCUGACGGAGAGAGUCCAGAGCGGGAAGGAGGCGAAGAAGUUACCUGGAAUAGGAGAGAAAAUUGCAAAGAAAAUAGACGAAUUUCUACAGACUGGGAAGCUGCAAAAAUUAGAAGAUAUUAAGAAAGAUGAGACUAAUGUCUCCAUUAGUCUGUUGGCCCGAGUGUCUGGCAUAGGUCCUGCUAAGGCAAAGGAAUUAGUGGAAGCUGGUAUCAAAACCUUGGAAGAUCUCAAGAAACAUCAAAACAAGCUCACACAUCAUCAGAAAUUGGGACUGAAGUACUUUGAUGACUUUGAGAAGAAAAUACCUAGAGCAGAAAUUGUAGAGAUAGAGAAGAUAUUAAAAAAAGCUAUCAAAGAGUUGAACAGCGCUUACCUCAUAACCAUCUGUGGAAGUUAUAGACGCGGCAAGGAGGAAAGUGGAGAUAUCGAUGUUCUCGUGACACAUCCUGAUUAUAUAUCGACAGCGAAAAAUGAGAAAAAGAAGACCAUAUCAUUAAAAGCAAUUGUCGAGUGUCUUGAAAAGAAGAAACUAAUUACAGACACGAUAUCUCUUGGAUCCACUAAAUUUAUGGGAGUGUGUCGGCUAUCAGAGGACAAAGACAAGCCGUUCAGACGAUUAGAUAUACGUCUUACGUUCCAUGAUCAAUAUUACUGUGCCAUACUUUACUUCACGGGAAGUGAUCUAUUCAACAAGAAUAUGAGAGCGCAUGCAUUGGAAAAGAAAUAUACGUUGAAUGAAUAUGCGUUGAAGCGCCUCACGACCGAAGGUCUUCCAGGAGAAGCUGAAAAAAUUACAUCUGAAGAAGAUGUCUUCAAAUUUCUGGAUUUACCCUAUAAAGAACCAAAGGACAGAAAUGUAUAAAUAAAGCUAAGGUAUUCGUUUUUAUAUCAAUUUAUUGCUACACAUAUUUUAUAUUUAUUAUAUGUAUAUAUUGCUUAUAUUAUUAAAAAAAUUCUGUCAAAAUUAAUGUUACAAAUGUCAUACGUGGUUCGAUAAAUCUUAUAAAAAUUUUAUUUAAAAAAAUUAAUACAUGAUAAUGAUCAAAGUGAGAAUUGCAUUACUUGUAUAAUUUUACAAUAUUUUUUCAUGCACGAUCGAUAAUUUGUUUACAAUAAUAAAUUUCUUUCCACACACACAUUUUAUUAUUUAUAUUGUAUACAUAUAAUGUUUAUUAUGGAAGAAAAAAUUACUUCUGUUAAAACUGAUGUAAAAAUGAAGUGAUUAAAUCAUUAAAUGUUAUAAAACUUUUAUUUGAGAAAUCAACACAAAAUUGAGAAAGGUCGACAGUUAUUCUAAUUAUUGUUGAAAAUUAAUAUAUGAUAAUGAAUAAAAUGAAAAUUGUAUUAUCUA